AUGACACUCGAAACGUCCCCCUCGUGCCCCUCCCGGCCGUCGUCGCCAGCACCGGAGGCCGGUGAGGCCACAAGUGGAUACCCCGCCAGUGCCGAGACCGAAUCGGGUGCCGCGGCGACCGCUGUGCCGCUGUUCUACAGUGCUAAAUCUCAUCCGCACAACUUGGACCAGACUGCCUAUCCCAAAAGCAUCUUGAUAAUCAAGGCCAUGGCGGGACUCGCCGUAUAUGCGGCCAUUGUCGCUACUAUCGCCAUCUCCAUUCGUCUCUUCUAUCUUCGACUCUUACCUAGGCCGAUCGCUGGUGGACCGCCGUUCAACCUCGAUUCUGCUAAGCGAAUCCUGGGAGAUGCACCGUACUUCAUCGAACUCGACAAUGCGGGGGAAUACUGGCUCAAGUUCUUCACGCAGCUGCUCUCCAAGCACAACACCCCCAUUGCUCAAUUCUUCCCUGGACCUCUCGAUAGGACGCACAUCGUCAUUGCAGAUUACCGCGAGGCCCGCGACUUGAUGUCGAAGCGAGGCAAAGAUCUCGGCCGUGGGGUUACCAACGAUAUCACCUGGAACAGUGUGAUUCCUGGGCACUUCAUCUCCAUGGAAGAUUCGCAUCCUUCUUUCAAGGACACCAAAUUCCUCACUAAAGACCUCAUGACACCAAGCUUCUUACAUGGGGUCAACGAUGGCGGUGCAGCGACGCUUCUGAAUGAUGUGCGGCUGAACAAGACAGAAAGCCCGGACUCAGCGACAUGGAAUGAUCUAGUGUUUCCAUCGUUCGACUCCGUAGGCUCACCCGAUGAUGAGUACCAUAUUUUGAAAUUAGGUGGCUCGAAUCAGAAGUUCAACUUCAGUAUCGAGGUGCCUUCACUGCGACCAAGACUCUUCUGUCACCCAGCUACAGUUAGAGAUAGGGGAGUAUCCACCACAGGAGGCGCAGUGUCGACAACGAUAACCGCUAUUGACUUACUUCCGGAGACCUGUCGGGCAGGAGAUGACAGUCAAGUCAGGAAUGUGUCAUUCAAGGCCACAGGAGAUAAAACAGACGGGCUGGUGGGCUUAUUCUUCGAUCUCGAUAUUGGAGUUCUUGUUAGUAAACAAUGCUCCCCCUGCAAAACGAAUCCAGACUCGGCACGUCCAUAUAAUCCGAUGGGCUGCCCAUCCAUCGGGAUAUUCUUCGCAGAACGCCCUUUCGUAUGUUCGCAGGUUGUCCAGCAGGUUCGGGUUGGGAUGAAAUUCACGUCCCUCAUCGGGCCAAAAGGCGAAAUCAUCUUUCAAAGAAGUAGCCUCACAUCCACACCGACUCCUAAUGAGUCAACUGCAAAGAACCUCACCCGCGAUGAUUCCGAGCUAGAUCUUUUCCCCUAUCGUAUUCAACCCCACUUCGAUAAAAAUGUUACGAACUCGAUCUCAGAUGACCCGGCCGAUCCAUUUUUCAGAUACAUACUUUCUGGAACCACGGGGGUCAGCAGGGACGAUUUGACCAAGAAUCCUGAUCAACUGAUCGAUGUCGUAAACGGCCUCUACACCAAGUUCAUGGUGCAGGUAAUGGAUUCGAGCAUCUUUCGAACGCCUAUCGUCGCUUCAACUCAGACGAAGGAGCAAAACGAAAAACAAAGUGUAAACGGUACGAUCUCACGAGAAGAAUUUCGCCUGAUAAUGAACUAUACGCCGAAACUCAUUCUUCAGAUCUUGCUUGGUACCAUGAUGAUCCUUGGACUGACGGCCUACAUCAUGGUCGAUCUCAAAGGCACUCUUCCUCGAAGCCCUCAUUCAAUAGCAAGCAGCAUGGCCUUAUUCGCAGGGAGCGAAUUGUGUGCGAAUCACAUUCCCGAAGAGGCUGAAUGGAUGAAUAAGCAGCAACUCGACCGAAUAUUUCAGGGAUACACAUUCGCCUUGGGGUGGUGGAGUCGCAGUGCGACCGAGGCAGAUUCUCGCAGCAUUGAUAGCUUGUUGGAUGCUCCAGUUGUGGAUGAGAGGUUCGGGAUUGACGUUGGAACGCCAGAGAGGUUGGGUUUUGAAGCUAAGGGAAACAGAGGUGGCAGACUAUGGAGCAAAUGGAGUGCGCUCUAG